AGUUGAGUUUAAUUUGUAGCACAAACAACCAUUUCUUCGUCAUGGCUAGCCUUCAUCUUCUUCCUCUAUUCUCAGCUCUUAUUCUCGCAGCCACCGCGAUUAGCGAAUCCAAAUCUUUCUCAACAACAGUAAAGGCACCAUAUCCAGGACAUAAACUGGAGAAACUAACCCACUUACGUUUCUACUUCCACGACAUUGUCUCCGGAGACAAACCAACCUCUGUCCAAGUAGCUUCCGGUCCAACUACAAACUCUUCUGCGACCGGUUUUGGUAUGGUUGCCGUCGUCGACGAUAUAUUGACCGUAGGGCCUGAAAUAACAUCAGAAGAAGUUGGUCGAGCACAAGGGAUGUUUGCAUCGGCCGACCAGAACAAGAUUGGUCUACUUAUGGCUUUUAACUUGGUUUUAACUAAAGGUAAAUUUUCCGGUAGCACCGUGGCGAUGUAUGGCCGGAACCCUAUACUGUCGGAGGUGAGAGAGAUGCCGAUCAUCGGAGGUACGGGAGCGUUCAGGUUCGGAAGAGGAUAUGCACAGGCCAAGACUUUUGUGUAUAAUCCUAUUAGUGGAGAUGCUGUGGUCGAAUAUAAUGUCUAUAUUUGGCAUUAAUUAUUGGAUCUUUUUUCUGUUUUUUUAAUAAUUAUUGGAUCUUUUUUCUGUUUUUUUUUAUAGAUUCAUAUUGUGAUUUUUGUAUGCUUAAUUGUAAGA